GUUUUUAAUGAUAAGGCGGGGUUCGAAACCGCCAUUCGCAACGUCAUCAAACAUGUUUCAUUUAAUGUAAAUAGUAAAGUACAAGUAUUUGAAGCAAAUAUUCGUGUAUUGGGAGCAUUGUUGUCUGCGCAUUUAUUUGCGACAGAUCCACGCUUCGGUUUUAAAAUUGAUGGAUACAAUAAUGAAUUAUUAGAGUUGGCUUAUGAUUUAGGCCAAAGACUAUUGCCAGCCUUUCAAAAUUCAAAAACAGGGAUUCCUUAUCCAAGAGUUAAUUUGAAAUAUGGUGUCCCCAAAAGCGAAACGCACGAAACAUGUACUGCUGGUGCUGGAACCCUAAUUUUAGAAUUUGGUGUCCUUAGCAGGCUUGUGAAUGAUACAAAGUUCGAGAAUGUGGCACGUCGCGCGUUAUUUAGUAUUUGGAACAGACGAACAGAUCUAGACCUUGUUGGAAACGUUAUAAAUAUUCAGACUGGUCAAUGGAUUCACACUGCUGCUAGCACUGGGGCUGGAAUUGAUUCAUUUUAUGAAUAUUUACUAAAAGCUUAUGUGCUUUUUGGAGAAAGCGAAUAUUUACAUAUUUUUAACGAAGCAUAUUCCGCAAUUCUCAGGCAUGUUCGUGACGAAACUGGUUAUUUAUAUAGGAAUGUGAAUAUAUUGAAUGGAGGGUUGAUGUCUGCCUGGGUGGAUAGUUUAUCUGCUUAUUUUCCUGGCUUACAGGUUCUUGCUGGUGAUUUGGAUAAUGCCAUUAAAUCACACCUACUUUACUACAAUAUUUGGAGAAAAUAUCGAGCAUUGCCAGAACGAUUCAACUUUCAUCUAAGAAAUGUUGAGAUUGCAUCAUAUCCUCUAAGGCCAGAAUUUAUAGAAUCAACCUAUUUUCUUUAUAGAGCAACGAAAGAUCCAUUUUAUCUUCAUGUUGGUGAGAUGGUUCUUGAAGAUUUACAAUCAUAUGCUCGUGUCGAUUGUGGCUUUGCAUCUAUCAAAGAUGUUCUCACCAAGAGGUUAGAAGGUCGCAUGGAAAGUUUUACACUUAGUGAAACAUUUAAAUAUUUAUAUCUAUUGUUUGAUACCGAUCAUAUAUUUAAUAAGUUAGAUGAUAAUUUUGUUUUUACAACCGAGGCACAUAUUUUUCCACUGACCGCACAAUAUUGGAAAAAAACAUGGAAACAUAUGGACAAUUUCACAUGUAAUGCGUAUAAAAAUUCAAAAAAACUCGCAUCAUCUAUUUUAGAACGUCCUGAUGCAGAUUUUGCAAGAGAAUUGGUCGGAUUCGAAGAAUUAACAACUUGUUUGUAUCUUGUUUUUGAAGAAUUGUCUUUACCACCUUUAGACCCUUAUGGUUAUUGCGAAGCCCCAUAUACAGACCCACUUAUAAUAGACGUAAGCUUUGGAGAAUCUUCCCAUGAAACAAGUGUGCAAGACGGACAAUUAUAG